CCAGAUGGGAAGUCUGUGACCAGCCCCUUUAAAACAGGUAAAGGCAGUAAGGCUUCUCCACCCACUUGCCUUGAUCUUUCAUCAUAGCUGUGGGCCAGGCAGGGAGGUUCUGCAAUGCGUGCGCCCCGGCCAGGAGGCUGCCGGAGAGGUUCAUGCACUGCACGCAGGAGCCGGGGCUCGGAGGCCUGAGCCGGGAAGGCAGGCAGGGCUUGGGAGCCAGUCGCCGUCUCCAGCCAGCAUGGAGCUGAGGAGCAGGAUCAAGCUUUCAUUCGGGCUCCUUCUCUUUUGGGCUCUCUUUCCUCCCGAGGUGCCCGGGAAAGAAGUGGAUCUGCUGGACACAAGCACUGCACAGGGUGAACUGGGCUGGCUUCCAGACCCUCCAGAAGUAGGGUGGAGUGAAGUGCAGCAGAUGAUAAAUGGUACCCCAGUGUAUAUGUACCAGGACUGCAGUGUGCUGUCUGAGGAUGACACUGACCACUGGCUUCGCACCAACUGGAUUUAUCGGGGAGAAGCAGCCUCCCGCAUUUAUGUGGAGCUAAAGUUUACUGUCAGGGACUGCAAGAGCUUCAAAGGUGAAGUGGUGACCUGCAAAGAGACCUUCAACCUCUACUACAUGGAGUCUGAACAAGAUGUGGGCAUCCAGUUCCGCCGCCCGCUGUUCAUCAAGCUCAACACCGUGGCAGCAGAUCGCAGUUUCACAAGCAGAGACAUCGAGUCCGGCGCCAUGCAGCUGAACACAGAGGUGUGCCCCAUCGGGAAGCUGUCCCAUCGGGGCUUCUACCUGGCCUUCCAGAACUCCGGCGCCUGUAUUGCCAUGGUGUCCGUCCGCGUCUACUACAAGACCUGCCCAGAGGCCGUGCGCGGCCUGGCCCGCUUCCCAGAGACGCUGGCGGGCUCCGAGGGGCUGACAGAAGUCCCUGGGGUCUGUGUGGAGGACGCAGCCGAGGAAGCAGGCUCUGCCCCCCGCAUGCACUGCAGCACGGACGGGGAGUGGCUGGUACCGAUGGGCCGGUGCCUUUGUGCCGUGGGGUUUGAGGAAGUCAACGGGAGCUGCGUAGCCUGCCGGCGGGGGUUCUACCGUCACUCUCUGGAGACCAACCACUGCCUGAAGUGUCCCCCCAACAGCCUGUCCAGUGAGCCAGGGGCUACAUCUUGUGCCUGCAAUGCAGGCUUCUACCGAGCACCUGCGGAGGGCCAGAACAUCGCUUGUACCCGCCCCCCCUCAGCGCCUCGCAACGUCAGCUUCUCCCUUGUUGGCACACAGCUGAGCCUGUGGUGGCAGCCCCCCAGUGACCACGGUGGGCGCAAGGACCUGACCUACACAGUCAGCUGCCAGCGCUGCCACUUCCUGUCCUGUGAGCCGUGUGAGGCUGCUGUGGUGUUCUCCCCCAGUGCCUCCGGCCUCACGAAGCCUGCUGUGGAUGUGGAUGGCCUCGAAGCUUACACCAACUACACCUUCACUGUGGAAGCUCAGAAUGGUGUCUCAGGAAUGGGACCUGCUCCACAGAGAACUUCUCCAGCUGUCUGGGUUGCAGUUGGACAUGCAGCUCCAGUGACAGUGUCUCAGUUUGUCCUGACACAGCGAGAUGACAGUAGUCUCUCUGUCUCAUGGCUUGUCCCAUGGCAGCGCAGCCGGUCCUCUGUGGAGUAUGAGGUCAUGUUCUUUGAGAAGGGGGAGGAGACCCGUUACACAGUGAAACACCUUCUGGAGCCAAACGUCACUCUGAGAGACCUCCAGCCAGACACAGCCUACCUACUUCGUGUCAGAUCCAUCACACCCCUUGGGCCUGGGCCCUACUCCCCAGAGCAGGAAUUCCGCACUCUUCCACCAGACACAGGAGCUCUCUCGGGGGGAGUCAUCGUCUCCAUUAUCUUUGGAGUCCUGCUGUUUAUUGGGCUGCUUCUGGGGCUCUUCGUCUUUCGGCGCAGGAAGGCUCGUCGGAGGCAGGCACGGCCAGAUUACAACACUUCAGGCUUUGAUCGAGAGAAGGUCUGGUUGAAGCCCUAUGUGGAUCUGCAACCUUAUGAUGACCCCAGCAGAGGGGUACUGGAAUUCACUAAGGAACUGGACAUCUCUUGUGUUACUAUGGAGAAUGUGAUUGGAGAGGGGGAGUUUGGGGAGGUCUACCGUGGGUCCCUGUGGCUCCCAGGGAAAGAACGCACCGUGGUUGCCAUCAAGACCCUGAAGUCAACCUACUCAGACUCGCAGUGGUGGAACUUCCUGCGUGAGGCAACCAUCAUGGGGCAGUUCAAUCACCCCAACAUCGUGCGCCUGGAAGGGGUCGUCACCAAAAGGAGGCCAAUGAUGAUCAUCACUGAGUACCUGGAGAAUGGAGCAUUGGACACAUUCCUCCGGGAGAAUGAGGAAAAAUUCAGCCCUGUGCAGCUUGUGAGCAUGCUGCAGGGAAUAGCCUCUGGCAUGAGCUACCUUUCAGAACACAACUACGUGCACCGUGACCUGGCUGCUCGCAACAUCCUGGUGACGCGCAGCCUGCAGUGCAAGGUCUCCGACUUUGGUCUCUCCCGAGUGCUGGAGAACGAUGCAGAGGGCACCUAUGAAACCAAGGGGGGCAAGAUUCCCAUCCGAUGGACAGCCCCAGAGGCCAUUGCUCACCGCAUUUUCACAUCAGCCAGCGAUGUCUGGAGCUUUGGAAUUGUCAUGUGGGAAGUGCUGUCAUUUGGUGACAAGCCUUAUGGGGAGAUGACCAACCAAGAGGUCAUGAAAAGCCUGGAGGAAGGGUACCGGCUGCCCCCGCCCGUGGACUGCCCCUCUAUCCUCUACGAGCUGAUGAAGAGCUGCUGGGCACACGAUCGUGCCAGGAGGCCUCAUUUCCAGGAGAUCCGGGCACAGCUCCAGCACUUCCUCUCCAGCCCACAGCUCCUGCGGCCGGUGGCAGACUUUGAUCCCAGGGUGACGCUGCGGCUGCCCAGCUGCAGCGGCUCGGACGGGAUCCCCUACCGCUCCAUCCCCGAGUGGCUGGAGUCCAUCCGCAUGAAGCGCUACAUCUCCAACUUCCGCACGGCCGGCCUCGACACCAUGGAGUCCAUCCUGGAGCUCACUGCUGAGGACUUGAAACAGAUGGGAGUGUCACUUCCAGGCCACCAGAAGAGAAUCCUGUGCAGCAUCCAAGGCUUCAAGGAGUGACCAGUUGUUGCUAAAUGCCUGUUCUUACCAGCUUUCACUUGGAAUCAUUCCUAUGGCAAUCACUUCCAAAUGAGUGACUGGGACAAGCCAAGCAGACCAGCCAGGACUAAGGCUCACGGGGCAGCAGCACCUGCUCUCCUUCUUGUUUCCUCUUGCUCUAGCUCUGCAGCAGCCAUCGGUACCUUUCAGAGCACUGCUCUUAGAACCUGCUCUCGGCCCUGCCUUCUGCAGCCUGUUCUGUGCAGCACAAAGUGAUCCCUGCAGGGCAUUCACUGGAGCUUCAGACCUUCAGGAUCUCACAUGCCCUAAGGAUAAAUGCAGAGUGGGCAGGAGGCAUGCGUAAAGAUUGUAGAUGAGGGUUCAGCUCGACUGGGACAUCCGAGGAACAUGCAGGACACAGACAUGUUGAGACUGGCCCAAACAACUCCCUGGCAUGUUCAUUCUCAUCAGCUUUCUCUCUUCCUCAUACUACAACAGGAACAAACCAUUUGGUCUUUCACAAGGCUGCACUUAAGAGAUACAGCUUUUAGUUCAGCUGUUCUUGCCUUAACACCAGCUUCUGGUGUCAGUGACUGGAGAAGCUGGCAGCAGGGGCAGGCCCUGCUGUCACUCUGUGAUCCCAUAAGCUUGGCAUGUUGCCAGUUUGACCUGCACACUGGAGAUGGAGAUCUCUGCAGCCUGCUCAAUGCCUUCACUUGUGGCAUGGACAGAACAGUCCUCUAGGUGCUUUUUUCCCUCUAGCUCUCUUUAAAAGAGACUCAGAUAGGGUCUUUGUGACAGGAAGAUGUGCAGGUGGUCUGCCUUAUUCCUUCCCUGGGGAGGAGAUGUUUUUAUUUAUCAGAGCUCAAAACAUUGAUAGACUGUAAAUAAUAUUUUGUAAAUAAAUAUGUGGCAGAGCAGGC